AUGGACGUAAAUGACGCGUGUAAAGAGCGAGCUCCAGCCCCGGCUCCGGAGCCGGCCCCGGCUCCGGAGCCGGGGCUGGGGCCGGGGCUGGGGCCGGGGCUGGGGCCGGGGCUGGAGCCGGGGCCGGGGCCGGGGCCGGGGCCGGGGCUGGAGCUGGGGCCGGGGCUGGGGCCGGGGCUGGAGCCGGAGCCGGGGCUGGAGCUGGUGUCGGAGGAAGGAAGAAAUAUAAAGUCUGUUUUAUGUCAACGCUGCGGAUCCAAAGUGCUGUGUCCUGGAACGGCACAGUUCACAGAGAAACAGCUGUUUCUUCCUUCGAUGCGUAAAAAGUCUGGUUCCUUUGGCGCCGAGGGCUCAGACGGAGACACACUCAUGUCUUUCUGGUUGGUCCACGACAUGUUUGACUUUGAAAACGUGGGAUUCACAAACGACGUUGGAAGAAUCAAGUUCCUGAUCUGUGCAGACUGUGAGAUCGGCCCCAUCGGCUGGCACUGCCUGGACGACCAGAAGAACUACUACAUCGCUCUGGAGCGAGUGAAGCACGAGUGA